AUGACAGCAACAAACAACAACAGCAACUAUAUCGUUUCUGAUGAAAAAGUUAUUGAUUCAUUAGUUGAGGAAUUAGUUGUGGCAGAAACUAAAACCCUCAACGAAAGAAUUGGUGAAAACAAGAUUGAUUUACAUAACUACCUCAAAUACGAUGGAGGAAGAGGAAGGAAAACUGGUAUGGCUUUAUUAGUAAAUAAAAUUUCGAAUUUAACGAUUAUAGAUGUUGAUAUCAAUAAAUCGUACAAUGGUGAACUUAAAGAAACAGUUAGAAAAGACAUUCUAUCAAAACUUUCGGAUAAAGAUGUUAUCGUUAAAACCGCUUCAGGAGGUCUUCACAUUUAUUGCAACACUAAUUUCUUCUAUGCAGUUUCGAACAGAAUGAUUAAAUGUUAUUCCUGCAAUGAUUAUGAUAUUGACAUAAUGACUUCUAUGGAUGAUUCAAAACGUUCAUUAGUGGUUAUGGCUGAUUCAAGAGUUCGCAAGAAUGCAACAGAACCAAUCAAUACAUACUCAUUCAUUCGUGGAAGUUAUGAUUCAACAUUAACUAGAACAGUGAAUGAUAUAUUAAAUGAUUUGAAUAUUAAGGUAAGAGUUGAACAGAAGAAUGAAGAAAUAAAGACUAUCAUGAAUGAAAACAAAGAUGUAAACAUUGACGAUAAACUAGCUCAGAGCAUAGUUGAUGGCAUCUGUGAUUUUGAAGUACAUAAUGACGGUGGAAACAUGAAUUUAGAAAAAGAAGUUACAUUAUUCACACUGUUUCAAGCUAUUAAUUCGUUACCUAAUCAUUUAAUUAAUGAAGCAUACGAUAACGUUUAUAACUUCUGCAGUUUAACAGAAAAUGCAAAAAGUAAUUUUGAAAAAGCACGUGGAAGAUAUGCACAUUUAAUGACUUCUCCAUUUGUUUUGGUGAAGAUUCUAAAACUAUAUCAAAAGGAAUAUUAUGAUGAAUAUGUUUUGCCUUUAUUACGUAAGCCAAAAAUAACAUUUGACAUCAAACUUGAUGACUC